UUACUUUGCUACUAUAAAACUAAACAUCCCAACAAACCUAUGCAACACAAGUCUUAGUUUUCAUCUUUUUUCUCCAAAAAUCAAAAUGAGAAGCUUUGGAAAUUUGGGGCAAUGGUCUCUACUUGCAUUUGCUUUGGCAUUUUGCUUUGUAGCUAGCACUGUUGUUGCUGAUUACUCUUAUGGCUAUAGUUCUCCUUCACCCUCUCCAUAUUACAAGAAACCGGAAAAACACGUUGAACAUUCUCCAUCGCAUUAUUAUUACAAGUCACAUGCUCCUUCAAAGCACUACUACAAGGCACCUGUUGUAGCAAAGUAUUACAAGUCACAUGCUCCUUCAAAACACUACUACAAGACACCUGUUGUUGCGAAGUAUUACAAGUCACCUGCUCCUUCAAAGCACUACUACAAGACACCUGUUGUAGCAAAGUAUUACAAGUCACCUGCUCCUUCGAAACACUAUUACAAGGCACCAGUGGUAGUGAAGUAUUACAAGUCACCUGCCCCUUCAAAGAAGUAUUAUAAGGCGCCAACUCCCUCAAAGUACUACUACAAGUCACCAUCACCUGCAAAAUACUACUACAAGUCCCCAUCACCUGCAAAGUACUACAAGUCGCCUGCUCCAUCAAAGCACUAUUACUACAAGUCCCCAUCCCCUUCAAAAUAUUACAAAUCACCCGCUCCUUCUAAAUAUUAUAAAUCACCAGCACCAAAAAAAUAUUACAAGUCGCCAGUUUACUACAAGUCUCCUCCACCACCACCAACUUAUAAUGAGAAAUCACCUUCUUACUACAAGUCCCCUCCCCCUCCCCCAUACUACAAAGAAUCUACCCCUUCCUAUAAAUCCCCACCCCCACCCUCGUACUACAAAGAAUCUACCCCUUUCUAUAAAUCUCCUCCACCUCCACCAAAGUACUACGAAAAAUCACCUACAACCUAUAACUCUCCACCUCCACCAACCUAUUCCUCACCACCACCACCUCAGGAGUACGAGCAAUCCGUCAUCUAUGCUUCACUUCCACCACCACCAGCAUCUCCCCCACCAACAUACUACUAAACGCUCAAUAACUCUAUCACUUCCAUGACUUUUACAUCCUAUUUUAAUUCCAUUUUUCUUCCAAAAUUUAAUGUAUGCUUGUCAAAAUGAUGGGCUUUGCUUAUUGUUUAUUUGAUAUUGUUUUGUUCUAAUGAUUUGUAUUAUGUAUUACUUGAGAAUUAAGUAAGUUUUCCUCAUUGUAUCAAGAUUAAUAAUGUUAUAAAUUGUAUCUGAAUUGUUAAUUGAAA